UUAGUUUCCCUAUUACGUCUGGAUUUUGUUUUUACAUUGUUUUGGUUUCAACCCGUCCAGUUGGUGACGGCAAAAUACACCCAAAAAUGGGUUGUAGUCCGCCAUAAAACCCACAGAAGAAGAAGUCUGUAACGAGCCUCGGGUUUGAUUUGAUGAACACGGAAGUGAUACUGGAAUUCAUGGGAUGGGAAAACAAAUCUUUAAAGCACCGCCUCAACGUGUUAAGACAGUCAUUACCGAUUCGUUUCAACCGUGCACAGUCUUAGUUUACGCGCAUUCUGUUAUCUUGAAUUAACCGUAAUUCUUUCUAGCUCUGCUGUAGACUAGUUGAGCACAAUGAACAACUGUAUCGUUAAUGUGAUAACACUAUGCAUUGUAAUGCAGGUGAAUUGCGCUUUGGAUUUCGACAAAACGCGCACGACAUAUUCUGCGAAGAUCUUUGGGUUCUCAUGGGAGAACUGCGGUAAGCCAGACGACCCAGCGGUUCUGAAGACCCUAGCCCUGUCCCCGGACCCCAUCACAGUUCCAGGGGACCUGACGGCCAGUGCAUCCGGGACCACAACGGUCGAGCUGGCCGCUCCCCUAGCUGUGAACGUGACGCUGGAGAAGGAGGUGGCAGGGUUCUGGGUCAAGGUCCCGUGUCUGGAAGAGAUAGGGAGCUGCCACUACACAGACGGCUGUGACCUGCUCAACCAACUGAUACCGCCCGGAACGGACUGUCCUGAACCUCUACACACCUACGGCAUCCCCUGCCACUGCCCCUUUAAAGCUGGGGUGUACACACUACCAGAGUCAGAUUUCUACCUCCCUGACAUUGACCUUCCCUACUGGCUGACCAACGGACACUACAGAGUACAGGGAGUGCUGGGAGCUGUGGGGAAAGAACUGGGCUGCCUCAAAAUCACCUUCGCUGUCCACUCUAAUAACUAAACGGGAACUUCGGCUUUCAUCUCUUCUCAUCAAACCGUCGAUUGAGAACUGGGCCUGUAUACACAGGAGUGUUGACUUAGGAUCAGUUUGACCUUUACGGUCUGAGGCGCUUUGUGGAUACUGGCCCAAACAAGCAGUAACUGAACUACUACUGUAGUUUAGGACACGAUUCAGUAGACUCACUUUCAGGGAAAACAGUUGAGUGAUUUGCAAGGCUACGUACAGGCUUCGUACAGGCUACGUACAGGCUUCGUACAGGCUUCGUACAGGCUACGUACAGGCUACGUACAGGCUACGUACAGGCUACGUACAGGCUCCCUACUGUACUGCUAUGAACUUGCCAUAACUAGUAUGAUUAUUUGUCAUAAUGUUUUACACUGUCUUUUUUUUUAUUUUUUAUACGGAAUGCUUUUUAUUCGAUUUCUUGUCAAGGGUGAAUGACCGUGGGUAUGCUUCUAUUGCUCAGUUGCUUUUACCCUAGGCAUGGUACUGGUCACAUGACUAGUAGUUUUCUACGGAUCGUAUUGCUACUUCUGUUUGCUAGUGUGACGCUAAUUAUUUUACAACCCAUGGGAAUAUGUUGUUCUUCCUGUUUGAUUGUGCAUUGAUCUGUUUUUUUCUGAAGGUGUUUUAUUGUUGACAUGUUCAAAGUGCCUAAAUAGACCUGCUGGAAUUGGCGUCUACGGAUCCAGUGCGACUUUGUGACGUUUCAAAGGGAAAUGGCAUUAACACAGGCAAUCAAUUCCCUCCCUCGUAUAAUAGCAAUAGGCUAAUCCCAUUCUAUAACCAAUUAAAGUGAUCUAAGAAAUGUAAAUGCACUUCCUAUCUUAAAUAAAAAUUCUAAUGAAAUGGUAAUCAACUAUAUAAGUUUUGCACCUUGAUUAUUUAGAAAUGACGUGCUUACUAUUGUAACAAAUCACCAUUAUGCUGGUCAAUAUUUCACUGUAAUUAUUAUUAUUUUUUAAAUAAAAUAAUAUCCUAUAUGUUGGUAA